CGUGACCGCGAAGACCAGCGCGUUUCAUUCAUAGUCAUUAUGGUUUCAGCAUUGCUCGUAGACGCCCUCAAAAGCCCUACAAGCGUCCUGCAGGACUUCUACAAUGACAAGGGAAACAUCACAGGCCAUGGCGACGAGUUCCCGAAGGCUGUAUCGAAGUAUUUCUCUGAUAUUCUCUUGAAAACAAGGGACACAGUGCGCGAGGUCCCUUAUCUUAGUGUCAUCAACCCUCCGGAAUCAUUUCCCGAACGAUCUCUCGUCCGUUUCCGUGCAAUGGUGCAAGAUACAUCUGCUUCACCAGAGAUGUAUCUGGCGAAACUCAAAGGAAACAAAUGUGGCGGAUGGGGUAAUACUGAAGACUUGGCAGGAAAUAACACUGCUCAUAAUAUAGACUACUCAAGCCUUAGGGAGUGCACUGUGCUUUGGGCUGUCUCCAUACCCGGUGAAACAGCCUGGCACGCUCGAGAAUCCGAAAGUUCGAACACCUCGCAACAUACCUCUCAUCAACCGUCGCAACCUCAUAAAUUUCCAAUACCAGGUGCUGCUCAUGUCGGUGUUCAAGUGAAGAUAUACGACCAUUCUGCAGCGCAAAACAUAAAACCAACUGACAUUGUCAAUUUUGUCGGCAUACUAACGUCAGAACCUAUUUAUCUCGAAAUGGAUUCACCACCGGAAGUGCCCACUUUACAUGUCCUCUUUCAUGAACCGCAACCCGCUGUUGAAAAACUUCUGGGGCCUCCGGUUCCAAAUAUAUCUGAAACCCGGGAUAAUCUUAUUAAUUGGAUAUCUAAAGAAUCCCUUGGAGGAGACCGUGAUGCAGCGGAAUGGGUCUUGCUGGCUAUCAUCGCCAGGGUAAAAUCUCGCACACCGCCCCUCCUACCUCCCCCUCUUACUCUAUCGCGCUUCCCUCAACCACGAAAUCCUUCAUCUAUCCCAUCAUUAACCCACGUCCUCUCGGAAAUUGUACCCAUGUUUAUCACCGUACCCCUGACACUGGAUGUGCUCAAUCAAAAUAAUUUCGCCCCAGAAAGUAGAGAAGAGAUUUUACACUCUGGCCUUCUACAAGUCCCUCGAGGAACAAAUUUCCUCUUCACAGAGAGUGGCAUCCAAGAAGGUCGAGUCGUCGAAAAAGGCGUCAUGAAUGUCAAGGCUGUGCAAGAGGUCAUGAAUGCUCAGUCGCUUGAAUAUGUGUUUCCAUACAGCAGAUUCUCUUUCCAGACGGAUAUGACCUUCAUUGUGCUCAGUGAAGGACGAAAAAGCGCAUUUUUCCAGACCAGUAUCAAUAUCCCGUUACAAAUAAUAUCUUCGGAGAACGUGUACAGGGCCAAAGAUCAAAUCAAGAUGCCAGCCACAGACGAACUGAUAGCAUUCAGGCGUCUAGUGGCUGGCGCCAAGGCCGGUAACGUGCAGGUAGCAGAUAAGACAUCAACGUACAUACAAGAUGAUUUUGUAGAACAACGAAAACGUGACAACUCCAUUACUGUCGACGAUCUUAUACAUUUAAUGACCGUGGCAAGAUUACUGGCCCUUUCAUUAUAUGAGAGCGAAUUAUCAACCGAUGUGUGGAAACGAGCGAAGGAGCUCGAGUCACGCCGCAAACUUCGUCUCCGGUGACAUGAGCAAAGUUGAUUUUCCAGUACAUUUUCGAGCCGCGACAUGUACCCAUGGUGCAGUGUAGAUAGACAUUUACUUCGAGGAAACGUUAAGCAUGAUACGUAUGUUGAGACUGGCGUUGUUUAUUGCCACAUUGUUAUGAAAGAUAACGAACUAUGUCACCGAAUUCUUUUGUGUUACGCCCUUCGUGUGCGAGGAAGAAAGCGAAGCAAGCCUGUAAAAGGAAGAUACGUGAAGGAGCUGCAUUUCUCCACCG